CUGUUAUCGAUAGGCUGGCGGAGUUUUGUGUUUACAUUUUGCGCUCCCAAUUGUAAACAAAUAGAAAAAGUGCUUAAAAAUGGAGCAGGACAACGAGGAGCAGUUCCUGCAGCGAUUCUCUCAAAUGUCCUUUUCGUACAAGGCGUUCAUAGAGUUUAUGAUUGACCAGGAGGUGAUUAUCCUGGACGAUGUGGUGAUGACGGCCUUUCGCGAUGCAAUUCGGUCGCAGCGUAAUGCUGAGAUCUUCGCAGGCGCCACAGUGCUGGAGGUGGGCUGUGGCAGUGCCCUGUUGUCCAUGCUGGUGGCCAAGCAGGGCGCUGCACGUGUGUUUGCCGUGGACUCUGGCGAUGUGGCGCAGGUGGCACGCCAAUUGGUGCGCAAAAAUGGACUGGACAGCGUCAUUGAGGUGAUUCAGGGCGAUAUAAGGGAGCUGCAGCUGCCACCCUUUGAUGUUAUAGUGUCCAAGUGGAUGGGCGCUUGUCUGGUGUACAGCUCCGCCUUGGACCAAGUCAUCUUUGCGCGCGACAAAUGGCUCAAGCCCAAGGGCUGCAUCUUUCCGAACACGGCCCGGCUGUACCUCUCUGUGGCUGAGGACCGGGACGUGGAGCCGCCCAGACAUUACUGGUCUCGCUUUGCGGGCUUAAAUCUGUCCCAUGCGGCCAGCAUUGUGCAGCGGCUACCAAAAGUGGGAUGCGUGCGGGAGCGCCAGCUGAUCUCGGAGCCGCAGCAGAUCUGGCAAAUGGAUGUGCGCACCAUCAAGCGUGAGCAGCUGAGCUUCAGCGUGCCAUUUAAACUGCAGUUGCAGCGUCAGGAGAUAAUCGAUUGGUUUGUUGUGCACUUUGACUUUGGCUUUCCUGGCGGCGCCCCUGAGGAGCUGGUGUCCACGAGUCCCUGUGCUCCCAGCACACACUGGCAGCAGACACUCUUCCACAUUGAUCAGCUUGUGCCUAUACGCAUGGGCGAUACAAUUGCAGGCACUUUUGCGGUGUCGCGUGCUGAAAAUCAUCUGGACUUUGACAUUGAUUGGAGCUGCCGCAAUAAGCUGGUAAAGAUUAAGCGGCACAAGCAAAUCUUUCGCAUGGGUGGAGAAGGCAAGGAGAAGCCAAGGAGCAUGGAUGAAGAGUGAAUGGGAACAAGGAGAAGUCAUAGAUUAAGAAUGAGAGCUGCAUGAGGAGAAGGAGAAGCCAGAAUUUAGAUUGGAUUGGGCACAAGGACAUUCCACUUCUCAGAUCUGAGAGUUUGCACUGAAUCAAGGGAAAUUCUCUUUAUAAUUUUACAUUUUAAGACAGGUUUGAGACCUU